UGGUCCCGCCCCAUCAGCCUGUGCCAUCUUGUAUUUAGCAAAGAACAAAAACGGUGUAAGAAACAAGUCCACCGUCAGGAUGGGGCGCAGAUAUUAAGCCGGAUUUUACGAGCAUAUAUUUACAAAGGUCAAGUGUAACGGGACAAUAUGCUUGGAAGUGGAGCAGCGCCGAGAAACAUCAGCCACACCCCGCAGAACAGCUCAUGUUAACGUUAGCUUGUCGGAGCUAAGCUAGCCAAUUAGCUAAGGCUAGUAACGUAAGAGAGGACAACUGGCCGAGCUUCUGUUUGAGCCAGCUAAGCUAGUAGUGUAAUUAGAAAACCGUAAAUUAUUUUCACUGCUGGGACAUCGGUGGAAAUGGGCCAAACGUUGUGUUAAUUAUCCGCAGGGAGAGGAGACCCGGGCUAUGAGGAUAGAGGCUCGCUAGCUUGGCUGCUAACGGUUGUUUUUCGUUCCAGAGCGGAACCACAAUAAGCCGCGGCCCUGGCCAUGCCCUCAAGUGCACGGGCGGGCAAUCUGAAAGACCCCGAGGUGGCAGACCUCUUCUGCAAAGAUGAUCCGGAGAAGCUGUUCGCUGACCUCCGCGAGAUCGGUCAUGGUAGCUUUGGAGCCGUUUACUUUGCUCGAGAUGUGCGCAACAAUGAGGUGGUGGCCAUCAAGAAAAUGUCGUACAGUGGCAAGCAGACAAACGAGAAAUGGCAGGACAUCAUUAAAGAGGUGAAGUUCCUGCAGAAACUCCGCCACCCCAACACUAUUGAGUAUCGGGGAUGUUACCUGAAAGAGCACACAGCAUGGCUGGUGAUGGAGUACUGCCUCGGCUCAGCCUCGGACCUCCUCGAAGUUCACAAAAAGCCACUUCAGGAAAUAGAAAUAGCUGCUAUUACCCAUGGUGCACUGCAGGGAUUAGCAUAUCUUCACUCUCACAACAUGAUUCACAGGGACGUGAAAGCGGGAAACAUCCUGCUGACGGAGCCCGGUCAGGUUAAACUGGGGGACUUUGGUUCUGCUUCGAUCGUGGCUCCUGCCAACUCCUUCGUAGGGACUCCCUACUGGAUGGCUCCAGAGGUGAUCUUGGCGAUGGAUGAGGGGCAGUAUGACGGCAAGGUGGACGUCUGGUCACUGGGCAUCACCUCGAUAGAGCUGGCGGAGAGGAAGCCCCCACUGUUUAAUAUGAAUGCUAUGAGUGCCUUAUAUCACAUCGCUCAGAAUGAAAGCCCCAUUCUUCAGUCCAAUCACUGGUCUGAUUCCUUCCGAAACUUUGUUGACUCUUGCCUACAGAAGAUUCCCCAGGACCGGCCUACCUCGGAUGUGCUGCUGAAUCAUCGGUUCUUGUGCCGUGAGCGUCCGCUGACGGUGAUCAUGGAUCUGAUCGCACGAACCAAGGAUGCAGUGCGAGAGCUAGACAACCUGCAAUACCGCAAGAUGAAGAAGAUUCUCUUCCAAGAGACGCAGCAGAACGGCCCCGUGUCUGAGGGAGGGGAGGAUGAGGAGGAGGUGGAACAGUACCUGUUGCGAACAGGCACAGUUAACAGCAUGGAGAGCUCCCAGUCAGUGCCCAGCAUGUCCAUCUCAGCCAGUUCUCAGAGCAGCUCAGUCAACAGUCUGGCAGAUGCCUCUGAUGACAGCAGCAGUGAGAUGGCCAUGAUGCAGGAGGGCGAGCACACCGUCACCUCCAACAGCUCCAUCAUCCACCGACCCACGGGUCAGGAUAACAUCUAUGAUGACCCCUACCAGCCAGAGAUGGACCAACCCCAGGCUCCCUCAGCUGGACGUCGUCGAGCCUACUACCGCAACCGUGACCACUUUGCUACCAUCCGAACUGCUUCUUUGGUAACCCGUCAGAUUCAGGAACAUGAGCAGGGCUCGGCACUGCGAGAGCAGAUGUCUGGCUACACGAUGAGGCGGCAGCACCAGAAGCAGCUGAUGGGGCUAGAGAACAAGCUGAAGGCGGAGAUGGAUGAACAUCAGCUGAAGCUGGACAAAGAGCUGGAGAACCAGAGGAACAGCUUCUCCACUGAAGCCGACAAGCUGGCAAAGAAGCACCAGGCCAUCCUAGAGAAAGAGACAAAAGCAGCUCUGACAGAAGAGAAGAAGUUCCAGCAGCACAUACUGGGCCAGCAGAAGAAAGAAUUGACCAGUUCUGAGUCACAGAAACGGCAGUCUCAGCGAAAGGAUCAGUUGAAAGAGGAGCUGAAUGAGAACCAGUCGACUCCGAAGCGGGAGAAGCAGGAGUGGUUGAUCCGUCAGAAGGAGUGUCUGCAGCAGAUGCAGGCGGAGGAGGAGGCUAGCCUGCUCCGGAGGCAGAGGCAGUACUACGAGCUGCAGUGUCGCCAGUAUAAGAGGAAGAUGCUGCUGGCUCGCCACAACCUGGAGCAGGACCUGCUUAGAGAGGACCUGAACAAGAAGCAGACCCAGAAGGAUCUGGAGUGCGCCAUGCUGCUGCGGCACCACGAGUCCACCCAGGAGCUGGAGUUCAGGCAGCUGGGCUCAGUGCAACGGACCCGGGCUGACCUGAUCCGGACACAACACCAGACUGAGCUCACGAACCAGAUGGAGUACAACAAGCGUCGGGAGCAAGAACUUCGUCAGAAACACGCCAUGGAGGUCCGGCAGCAGCCCAAGAGCCUCAAGUCCAAAGAGCUGCAGAUCAAGCGUCAGUUCCAGGAGACGUGUAAGAUCCAGACUCGUCAGUACAAAGCCCUGAGGAACCACCUGCUAGAGAGCACUCCCAAAUCCGACCACAAGGCCGUCCUCAAACGCAUCAAAGAGGAGCAAACACGUAAGCUGGCCAUCCUGGCCGAGCAGUACGACCACUCCAUCAACGACAUGCUGUCCACACAGGCUCUGCGCCUAGAUGAGACCCAGGAGGCAGAGUACCAGGUGUUGAGGAUGCAACUGCAGCAGGAGCUGGAGCUACUCAACGCCUACCAGAGCAAGAUCAAGAUCCACACAGACACUCAGCACGAGCGGGAGGUGAAGGACCUGGAGCAGAGGGUGUCCAUCCGCCGGGCGCUACUGGAGCAAAGGAUCGAGGAGGAGAUGCUCUCCCUGCAGAAUGAACGUUCGGAGCGAAUCCGGACUUUGCUCGAGCGUCAGGCUCAUGAGAUCGAGGCCUUUGACUCAGAGAGCAUGCGUCUCGGAUUCAGCAACAUGGCACUGAGCGGCAUCCCGGCCGAGGCCUUCAACCAGGGCUACCCGACCCCCAGUCCCUCCUCGGGCUCCAGUGGGUGGCCCUCCCGUCCCGUCCCCCGCUCAGGGAGCCACUGGAGCCACAGCGUGCAGAACUCGGUGUCGACUCCAUCCUGGCGCAGUCAGAACCACAGCGGGGGAAGCUUCAGCCGCGCAGAGUCCAUCACCUCUUCCCAUGGCCUCGGCAGGGACAGUGAGCUGCACAAGAGCAGCAGGGGCCACUCCUCUUCCUCCUCCUCCUCCUCCUCCCACUCCUCCCACCAUCAUCACCAGCAGCACUACCUCCCUCAGCAUUACCAGCACCAUCAGAGCACGCCACAGCUCUACCGGGACAGCCACGACAGCAGGGAGCGCGAGCGGGCCAGGGAGUGGGUGGGAGGAGGGGGUCACUACCCCCAUCACUCCCAGGUCCACCACCACCACCUCUCCACCCACGCUUCCUCUCAGUCCUUGGCUCUCCUGCCUCCCCCACCACCACCUCCUCCUCCCAUCUCUUCCUCUCCUCCCUCCUCAGCCUCUUCAUCGUCAUCGUCACAGGGAGGCUACGGGGGCGGGGGCCUGAGCAUCAGGGGCCCCAGUUUGAUGGCCCUCAGAAACAGCCCCCAGCCUCUGAGGAGGACGGCCUCUGGAGGGCCGGGGGGUGGCGGGGGGAGCGACGGAGGGCUCAGCCGGAGCACAUCGGUCACUUCUCACAUUUCUAACGGCUCUCACCUCUCUUACUCAUGAAACCGCCCGAUUUCUCCUCUCUGAUCUGAUCUGAGAUCUGUCAUUUUUCUUCUGUAAAGAAACCAACAGAAGUAGAACAAAACCUAUCAGAGAGAGAGAGAACAAAUUUUAAGAGGCUUCAUAGAGCCGGAGCAAAGUAAAUCAGUCAUAAAACAACAACAAAAAAAAAACCAAAUAACCCCACUUUUAAGUGUAAAUUUUAGUAUCUCCUUUCUCACAGUGUGUAUAAAUGUUCAUGAUACACAAGAAAAGAAAGAGAGGAAGCCCUUUUUUUUGAGUCACUACAGAGAAAUAUACGAGUAUUAAGACCCAGAGCAUCACUGUUAACCUCUUCCACACAUUAAAGAGUUGCACAGGAACAGUGAUGAGACUAAACAACGACAUGUCCACAUGUGAAAAAUGAGCCAUGUGCUGCAAAAUGAGCAAGUCGAACUGUAAAAUCUGACAAAAAACAAAAUGACUUGAGUCCAUUUGUUCAUUUUGUGGCACAUUGAAUCUGUUGCACAGUAAUGACAGUUUAACUGCAGGAGACUAGUGUCGCCUGUUGGACCAGUUUGAGAUUCAGGUUUGAGACCUUCAGAGUCUGACAGCAGGUUUAAAGUUGAGCUGGUGAGCGGGUUUAAAUUCUGGUUUUCAGCGACAGUUGUGGAGCUUCCACUCGGCUAGCGGUGCUUUAAAAACCACUGUAACUAUGUAAAUAACGGUAAAUUGUAAACCCAGUUUUUUGAUUUGUAAGUGUUUCAUAUGUUCAGCGGGGCGGGGGUCAACUAAGGGAAGAUUUCUUGAAAACACAUUUCUUUGAUUUAUAGUGAUAAAUAAGAUUCUGUAUAUGACAAUUAAAGAAACACUGCCAUCUCUUUGUUGGGCUGACCCAAGACAACUCUACCACUGCCCUUUAAGUCUUCUUAAAGAAACAGUCUGACAUUUUUGAAGCAAGCUUGUUUGCUGUAUCAAUUAGGAGUCAGAGGACGAGAUAAUUAGAUGUUAAUCAGUUUAAUCUCUGGGUGUUCAGUACAGACAUUUAGCUUUAGCAGGAGGGAACUGUUAACCUCCCAACAAC